GCUUCUGACGUUGUGAUGGGCGGGUGGUAUUGAGUAGGAAGGUCAGCUGAAUAGAUUUACGUCUAUUUUAGUAUACCGAAAAAAACAGGGCGGACGAGCUAAGAAGAGGAAGAAGUCUGCGGAACUUGCUGUACGGAUCAAGCGCCUUGCAGGCUAGACCCCAAUCGUAUCAUUGAGUAAAAUGGCUGUGUAUGGAUCCAGCGCCGAAGCUCAUAAACUGAGGUGCAAGUUGAACUAAUAGUAAUCUACAAUGGCCACUUCAUGAGACAGCAGAUUUGAAUUUGUUUUCCUUCUCGGGUUUAAAGGAUGAGUUACCCAGGAUAUCCGCCAGCCCCAGGAGGGUACCCGCCAGCCCCAGGAGGGUACCCGCCAGCCCCAGGAGGAUACCCACCAGCCCCAGGAGGAUACCCACCAGCCCCAGGAGGAUACCCACCUGCACCAGGUGGUAGUCCGUGGGGCCCCAAUCCAACCAUGCCCAUUGGAUUGGUGGAUUCUUUUGGAAGCCUCACUACAGGUGCUGAUUUCUCCAAUAUGGCAGGAAGGAUUGAGAACUUAUCAGCUGCAAUAAGACCACAAGUUUCUGAUGCUUUUGGAGGACCUCCCAACCAGCAACCAUCUCAAUUUGGAAUGUAUCCACAAGGCCAGGGUGGUCAGCCUGGUGCUCCCACCUACAAUCCAGGAUAUCCUGGUUCCAACCCAGGAUUUCCAGCCUCCGGCCCGACUCCAGGAUAUCCGUCCGGCCCGACUCCAGGAUAUCCGUCCGGCCCGGCUCCAGGGUAUCCGUCCGGCCCGGCUCCAGGGUAUCCGUCCGGCCCGUCUCCAGGGUAUCCGUCCGGCCCGUCUCCAGGGUAUCCGUCCGGCCCGUCUCCAGGGUAUCCGUCCGGCCCGUCUCCGGGUUAUGGAGCUAGUCCAUCACAAGGGUACCCCUCAAACUCCUCUUCAGUUGCAGCACCAGUGAAGCCUGUGAACCGGGGAACUGUAAGAGAAGCUCCAGGGUUUGAUGCCUUGAGGGAUGCUGAAGUACUUAGGAAAGCAAUGAAAGGUUUUGGCACAAAUGAACAGGCCAUUAUUGACGUAGUUGCUCAUCGUUCGAAUAAGCAGAGGCAACAGAUAGUAUUGUCCUUCAAAACAGCGUAUGGAAAGGAUUUGAUAAAGGAGCUGAAGUCCGAGUUGUCGGGUAAUUUUGAGAAGUCAGUCCUGGCAUUGCUGAAGCCAUCUGUGCUUUAUGAUGCAGCUGAACUGAAGGAUGCCAUCAAGGGGGCUGGUACAGAUGAGGAAUGUUUAAUCGAGAUCCUGACAUCCCGUUCCAAUACAGAAAUCCACGCCAUCAACAGUGCUUACAAAACAGAGUUUAAAAAGACUCUGGAACAGGACAUCAAGAGUGAUACAUCAGGCCACUUUGAAAGGCUGCUGGUCUCCCUUGUCCAGGGUAACCGUGAUGAAAGCCAAAAUGUCGACAUAACACUGGUUAAGAAGGAUGCUCAGGAUUUAUAUAAUGCAGGCGAAGGACGUAUGGGAACAGAUGAGUCAAAGUUUAAUGCCAUCCUGUGUGCAAGGAACAGAUCCCACCUGAAAGCUGUGUUUGAGGAGUAUCGGCAGGUUUGUAAAUAUGAUAUUGAGAAGACCAUCAGCCGGGAGAUGUCUGGGAACCUGGAGCGAGGCAUGUUGGCAGUAGUGAAAUGUCUGAGAAAUACCCCGGCCUUUUUUGCUGAAAGACUCUACAAAUCAAUGAAGGGUUUGGGGACAGAUGACAAAACACUGAUUCGCAUCAUGGUAUCUCGCUGCGAGGUUGACAUGUUAGACAUCCGGGCUGAAUUCAAGAAGAUGUAUGGACAGUCGCUGUACUCCUUUAUUGCGGGUGACACCUCUGGAGAUUACAGGAAGCUCCUGCUGCAACUGUGUGGAUCAAAUGAUUAACAAGCGAAUGGCUGAGGUGACAGGCAAUUUGAUGCAGGUCCUCCAAAGAAAUAGCUUGCCCCGUCAAUGUGUGAAAGCCUCUGUGUCUUCCUUCUAUGGAUUCAUUUUGUUUUGUAUUGGCUUGUAACUGUAAUCUGUUUUUAAUCAGCAUUUUUAAGUAUGUUCAUUUAGCCAAAGUUUAAUCGAGUACAUUUUCAAUUCCAAGAACACUUUAAGACCAUCUGCACAGUUACUGAUUCCCUUCGCCCUGAGUUUCUCAAUAAGUGAAAAUACUAUAGCUGUCAAAAAUCACAAGUAUGCAGUUGUCUGGGGAAGAAUGAACUGCACUCAUUGCUUUAAGGGAGGUGAGCAAUCUGCAUUUUUAGAAAUGGACUUUGUAAAGUUGCUUCACGCUGCUUUAGGAUAUUCUCCUUGUGCCUUCUUCUUAAGAAUUCUAAUCUGCCUGAUGGCAGGAAGUUCUCUCUUCUCUGACAGUCUUCAAUCAAAAGAUAAUCAACAUGCAUCAAGUGUGCGUGAACUUUUUUAUUUCAAACGCUGCAUUGUUUGCAGAUUUGGAACACAUGCCAAGAACGUUUUUUUUGUUUUGCUGAGCCAAUGUUGACCCAUUCUUUCAAUCUAGGGCAAGUGGCAAGCUCUCUGUAAUGUCAUUCAUCUUCCCUGAGCUGACAGUUUACAGCAAUGAUUUGCAGCCUCUAUCCUGUCUGGAAUUAUCCAAGUGCCAAGAGAAUUAUUUGUUUCUGUUUGGCUUCCUAACCAAAGAAUCCACCGAUAACCCCUCGUCCUGCUGGUGUUUCUCAGAUUGCAGCAGGAACACCCAAGAUAGGAGAUAAAUGUGUUUUGCGUUAUCAAGCCUGGCUCACUCUGCAGAGUUUGUCAGUGGUGAAGGAAGUUGUCUGAAAGUGAGGGCCCAAGACAGAAGGGAGACAAUGUGCUAAAAACAUAAAUAAUACGUAAAUAAAUACUAUGCAACUAAUUUAAAACUGUUUGAUGAAAUCAAUUUCAAUUCAUUCCAAAUUGGUUAAUGUUAAAUGUGUAUUUCUUUUGACAUGUAGGAAGUGGCACUUUAUUUUGUCAGUCAUCCUGAGGUCAGAGUCCGUUCCAUGAAUAUAUACCAUGAAAAUAUAAAUAUAUGAAAUUCUUGCA